AUGGUUCCAAAGCCAGACGGUGGGUGGCGUCCGUGUGGUGACUACCGCCGUCUUAAUGAUGCGACCACGCCCGAUCGUUACCCGGUGCCCCACAUUCAAGACUUUUCCGUACAUUUGGCGGGGAAGUCCGUGUUCUCUAAAGUGGAUCUGGUGCGGGGUUACCACCAAGUCCCGGUGCACCCUGCGGACAUCCCGAAGACGGCAGUGGUGACUCCUUUCGGGCUGUUCGAGUUCCUCAGGAUGCCUUUUGGCCUGAAGAACGCAGCCCAGUCGUUCCAGCGGCUAAUGGACUCAGCACUCAGGGACAUGCCUUUCAUCUUCGUCUACUUGGACGAUGUCCUCGUCGCCAGCUCCUCGGAGGAGGAGCACCUGACACAUCUCAGAGUUCUUUUUACACGGCUCGACCAGCACGGGCUGAUCAUUAACCCGGCUAAGUGUGUUUUUGGGGUGCCGUCCAUAAAGUUCCUCGGGCAUCUCAUCACCAGUGAGGGGGCUGCCCCCCUCCCUUCGAAGGUGGACGCCGUUUCCACUUUUCCACGCCCACGCUCGGCCCGGGGGCUCCGUGAGUUCCUCGGUAUGGUUACCUUCUACCAUCGGUUCAUUCGACAAGCGGCUCACGUAAUGCGCCCGCUCUACGAGGCCCUUAAGGGUACGACCCCUAACCAGGACGUUGUCUGGACCGCGGAGGCAGACCAGGCCUUCGAGGACACAAAAGUUGCGUUGUGCCAGGCCGCUAUGUUGGUCCACCCGUCACCUGGGGCCCCGGUUGCCCUCACUACUGACGCGUCCGACUAUGCCGUGGGCGCUGUAUUCGAGCAGUGGGUCGAGGGUACCUGGCAACCGCUCGCCUUUUUCAGCCGCCAGCUUGUCCCCAGGGAGCGUAAAUACAGCACCUUUGACAGAGAGCUGCUCGCUGUUUGGUUGGCAAUCCGCCACUUCCGCUUCCUCCUGGAGGGCCGUGAGUUUACGGUUUUUGUUGACCACAAGCCCCUUACGUUCUCCAUGUCUAAGGUGGCCGAGCCGUGGUCCGCCCGCCAGCAGCGCCAGCUGGCGUUCAUCUCGGAGUAUAUCACGGACAUACAACACAUUGCCGGCAAAUCCAAUGUGGUUGCGGAUUGUCUUUCCAGGGCGGUCGUUGGUGCUGUCCAGCUCGGACUAGACUACGCACGUAUGGGUGCAGACCAGGCCGCAGACCGCACCCUUCAGUCCCUCAAGGACUCGGACACUGGACUGCAGCUGGGAAAGGUCGCGGUCGGCGCUUCUGGGGUCAGGUUGUGGUGUGACCUCUCUACCGGCCAGCCCAGGCCUCUGGUCCCCGCCGGCUGGCAGCGGUCUGUUUUUGAGACUAUACACGGCCUGUCCCAUCCUGGCAGAAAGGCAUCUGUUAGGCUUGUAUCGCAAAAGUUCGUCUGGAGAGGACUCAAGAAGAAUGUGCGGGCCUGGGUUGAUUCUUGUGUGGCCUGUCAGCGUGCUAAGGUGCACCGCCAUACCAAGGCCCCGUUAGAACCUUUUGUUGUUCCGGAGAGGAGGUUUGACCACGUUAACAUCGACCUGGUGGGGCCGCUUCCCCCGUCACGUGGUUUCACUUACCUCCUCACGAUGGUAGACAGGACGACGCGCUGGCCUGAGGCGGUUCCUCUUGCCUCUAUCACGUCUGCCGAUGUGGCUCGGGCGUUCAUUGGCACGUGGGUGUCGCGUUUCGGUACGCCCUCUGAUCUAUCCUCUGACCGGGGUGCGCAGUUUACCUCGGAAAUCUGGAAUGCUGUUGCGGGGGGUUUGGGUGUCAAGUUGCACCGCACCACCGCAUACCACCCCCAGGCUAACGGACUGUGUGAACGAUUCCACCGCUCUAUGAAGGCUGCCCUUCGGGCCAGCCUGACGGACGGCAACUGGGUGGACAAACUGCCCUGGGUCAUGCUUGGCCUUAGGACCGCCCCCAAGGAGGAUCUGCAGUCCUCGUCUGCCGAGCUUGUUUAUGGCCAGACUUUGCGGGUGCCUGGGGAUUUUAUACCGGAUGCUACGAGACCUUGGUCUGCUACCGAACAGCGGUCCUCCCUGCGGGAGGUGGCCACGGGGUUUGCGCCUGUUCCUACGUCGCAGCACUGCUCCCCUGAGUCCCGGAUGCCCGCUGGCCUCCGCUCUGCGUCGUUUGUUUUCGUCCGCCACGACGCCCACCGUGGACCGCUGCGUCCCCCUUACGACGGCCCGUUUAAGGUUUUGCAGCAUGAGGACAAGAGCCUGGUCGUGGACAUUGGGGGUAGACCUGAAACUAUUUCCGUUGAUAGGAUCGAGCCUGCUCAUGUGGACAUUUCCAGACCGUUGGUGUUGGCCCAGGCCCCACGCCGCGGACGCCCCCCAGUACUUUGUCCCCCUGGUCAGUCGGGAGUUCCUUCAACCGGGACGGUGCCGGCUGCGUCCCCCGCUUCCCUCCCCUCAGCCCCGGCCACUUGUACUCGGAGUGGUCGGGCCAUCAUUCCAUUCCCGAGUGGGGAUUUUGACUAUGGUUGA